CCGUGCCGGGAGCAUCCAACACCACCGUGCUGGGCGCUCCGGGUGUUGUAAUGGUUCUCACUACGCACAGUGGGAGAGCUGGGGUUCUUCGGGUCUUGUUUUAGGUAACAGCGUGGGUGGCACCGGGGACACCGACGUGGCAUGAGGUCACCUGUGCCAGCGGGUCGGUGACUGCCUCAGGAACGGAGGGACCACCCCUGCUGCUCCGUGUGGGCCGUGAAAUGCUUUUGCGCCUGUGAUUUUGACGUGUAUUUUUGCCUUAGGCACCGUCUUGAGAGCUUUGCUGAGGCUCACUGUUUUCUGCCUACCUCAGUUUCCCCGUUAGGGAAUUGCGGGGGUUUGGAGAGCGACAGUGGCUCGCCAUGCUGAUGGAAGGACAUUCUGAGAGCCUGGCACUUGGCCGCCUUCCCCACCGCCGCAUCUCCGUCCCCCGCAGGAACGUUGGGUCGUCACAGUUUAAGACCAUCGAAGAUGACUUGGUGUCUGCUCUGGUCCGGUCGGGUUGUAUUCCUGAAAAUCACGGCGAAGACAUGAGGAAGAUGUCCUUCCAGCGGUGUGCCCGGACAGAUAAGGGCGUGUCGGCGGCUGGCCAGGUGGUGUCCCUCAAGGUGUGGCUGAUAGACGACAUUUUAGAAAAGAUCAACAGCCACCUUCCGCCUCACAUCCGGAUCCUGGGAUGUGCCCCUCAUGGCAGUGCCUUGUUUCAACCAAACCCCCGACACAGGAGUCCAGAUUUGGUUGAGUUAAAACAGGUGAUGACUCUCCUUUGUAACAAGGCUGGACUGAAGAGGGUCACAGGCGGCUUCAAUUCCAAGAACAAGUGUGACGCCAGGACCUACUUCUACAUGUUGCCCACAUUUGCCUUUGCCCACAAGGACCACGACGUGCAGGAUGAGAGCUACCGGCUGAGCGCGGAGACGCUGCUGCGUGUGAACAGGCUCCUCGCCUGCUACAAGGGCACACACAAUUUUCACAACUUCACCUCGCAGAAGGGGCCCCGUGAGGCCAGCGCUCGGCGCUACGUCUUGGACAUGUUCUGCGAGGAGCCUUUCGUGCGGGACAGCAUGGAGUUCGCGGUGAUCAAGGUGAAGGGGCAGAGCUUCAUGACGCACCAGAUCAGGAAGAUGGUCGGCCUGGUGGUGGCCAUCGUCAAGGGCUACGCCCCCGAGAGCGUGCUGGAGCGCAGCUGGGGGGAGGCGAAGGUGGACGUGCCCAAGGCGCCGGGGCUCGGCCUCGUCCUGGAGCGCGUGCACUUCGAGAAGUACAACCAGCGCUUUGGCAAUGACGGGCUCCACGAGCCGCUGGACUGGUCGCAGGAGGAGGCGGGGGUCACGGCGUUCAAGGAACAGCACAUCUACCCCACCAUCAUCAGCACCGAGCGCCACGAGCGGUCCAUGGCCCAGUGGCUGAGCACCCUGCCCGUGCAUGACUUCAACGCCACCGCCCACGCUGCAGCCUGCCCAGAUGCCAAGGUCCCCAGCCCCCCAGGAGACAGUGAUUGAGGUGGCGGCCGCCCGCUGGAGCGCCUUCGGGCUGGCCCAGUGUGUGCCGGGAACCGCUGCUGCCAUCGCUGCCGCUGCGGGCCGUCCUCAGCGACACAGGAGAGCCGUGCCGCGGCCCCGCAACCUCAGGGUCUUGAGACCUGCAUCACGUUGGGCUUCAUCCCAGGGAGGACCUGCUGUGAGUCUGUUCUCAGCUCAUGCAUUAACCGUAUACACCUCAGCAUGUAAAGGCACUAUUUUUUUAAAGAAGUAAUUUUUCUUAUUAAAUAAGUACAAACUUUGCUUAA